CUAUGUAUUCUACAUUUAGGAACCAGGCUCGUCUGACGCAGAUCGCUUUUCUCCGCUCAGUCCACAAGGAGUUUUCAAGGAUUCGUCUGCAAACAUGUCGAAAGAUGUCCCACGUGAACCGGAGCAGCUUCGCAAGCUGUUCAUUGGAGGCUUGAGCUUCGAGACCACAGACGAAAGCCUGCGGGCUCAUUUUGAGCAAUGGGGGAGCCUUACAGACUGCGUGGUUAUGAGGGAUCCCAACACAAAGAGAUCAAGGGGCUUUGGCUUCGUUACAUACUCUUCUGUGGAUGAAGUUGAUGCUGCCAUGUCUGCCCGCCCCCACAAGGUUGAUGGAAGAGUUGUUGAACCUAAACGAGCAGUUUCUCGGGAGGACUCCAACCGGCCAGGGGCCCACGUAACAGUGAAAAAGAUAUUUGUUGGCGGCAUCAAGGAAGAUACAGAGGAGUCCCACUUGCGAGAUUACUUCUCACAAUUUGGCAAAAUAGAGGUCAUUGAUAUCAUGACUGACCGUAAUACUGGAAAGAAGAGGGGCUUUGCUUUUGUGACAUUUGAUGAUCAUGACUCCGUCGACAGGAUUGUCAUCCAAAAAUACCACACAAUCCACUCUCACAACUGUGAGGUGAGGAAGGCUCUUACAAGGCAGGAAAUGCAGACUACAGGAAUGGGACGCAGCAGCAGCAGCAGCAGCAGCAGCGGUGGUGGUGGAAGGCCUUAUGAAUAUGACAGAGGUUUCAAUCAAGGAAGCAGGGGUAGAUAUGGAGACAGUCCUUACAAUUGCAAUGGAGGUGAUGGCGGUGGCGGGGGUGGUGGAUAUGGCGGCGGUGGUGGUGGUGGUCCCAGCGGUCCUGGGGGAUAUAACAAUAGUGGCAACCGAGGAUAUAACCAAGGUUACAACCAGGGAGGAGGAGGCGGUGGCAGCGGUGGUGGAGGAGGAGGCGGCGGCGGAGGUUAUGGAGGAAGUGCCUAUGAAAGCAACGGCUAUGGUAACUGUAGUGGAGGUGGAAGCAGCGGGGGCGGCGGCGGAGGAGGAAAUAACUACAACAACAUGGGCCACUAUGACCCCCAAGCCUCCAAUUUCGGCCCAAUGAAGAACAACUUUGGUGGUGGUGGCGGCGGCAGCGGUGGAGUUAGCAGGAACUUCGGAGGAGGAGGUGGUAGUGGUGGUGGUGGUGGUGGUAGUGGUGGUGGUGGUGGAAGCAGUGGCGGCAGCAGCAGCUAUGGAGGGGGCUCAAACACUGGUGGAUAUGGCCGUUCUGGACGUUUUUGAAGUGGACUGAGUACUUAGGAGAGGAGAGCAAGGAGAGGAGAGCAAGCGAAUUGACAGGGCAGCUGCAGGUUUACCUCCUAAAUCUGCUCAGCCAAACAGUUGUGGCAGGUUACGGCUGCUGCAAGAAGAGAUGUACAGUAGAUAAAUCAUGGAGGGUCUUCAUUUAAACGUUUUGUGUUUUUUCAUCAACUGUUUUUGGGAAAGCAAGCAUUCCAAUGAGGUUUUAUGUAGAUUGUUUUUCUUUAAAGUCUGGUUUUUAUUUGUAACUGCAUCCAAUCAAGCUGAAAUAAACAAACUUCAGUUUUUUUACAAAGACUUGUUAGCCUCUUGAGUGGUUUGGGAAAGGGAGGGUACACUAUUAGAUGCUGCACAUUGUGGGAUCAGGGACAUUUUUCAUGUGAGCAGAAAAAAAACAUGUGUGUGAGAAGCCCCGCGCUAUUCACCGUACACGUCAUGAGUAAGUGUAUUUACAAUACUGGUUGAGGAAUGAGAUGUGGUGCAUAAAUACUUCCAUCAUAAAGAGCCCACCACUUGGUACAGACUACCCUGAGUUCUGCAAAGAUCAACUGGAGGAUGCUAGGCUACAUGCAAAGUCUUUGAGGCUAGUCAUGGAAGCCAGCUGAGGGAGAGAAGUAGCAAAACCACCGCCAGGAUCAUUGAAGCAGGGGAGAGUGAGAACAGAAGCCUGAGGCUAGCAGGCAGCAGCUUCACAAGGCUUAUGUGCUUUCUGUAGGUAAGACCAGACUUCUCAACUACUGAUAGUAUGUCUUGAUUUUGUCAUGUAGCUGGUAGUAAGUUGUGUAGCCCAGUAAUUACAUUACAUAUAUUUGUGCAAACAAGUUUUAUUAUGACAUACACCAAUGUGGACUGGUAAAAUUGGCCUCAUAAUUGUGCAUAGAGGCCCAACAACAUUAUUGCAUGCAGCGAACAAAAAUUAUUUUCUUUUUGUAAAAGAGGUGCUUUGCGUAAUUGGUGUUUCUGCUUUACAGGAACCCCUGGUCUUCAAAACCUGACCAUUUCAGUGACAAUGGCUAAAUCAGGUACAAUCAUAUAAAACCAUUGUUUUUUUUUCUGAAAAUGUUUUGCUUUAUUUAACAUCUCCUUUGUUUCUCUUUUUUUUUUUUUACAGGUUUCCUGAACAAUCUGGCGGGUACUUUUUUUAUAAGACUGCUGUGCAGUGUCUAUUUAUUUAUAUAAUAAACUUUUUUAUAAAGAA